AUGUCGUGGCAGCAAAGGCAAGCAUGGAUCAGUGUGAGGGAAGUAAGGAGGGAGUCCAUUCUGAACCUGGGCCUGGACUUAGACCUGAAACUGAACCUGAGUCAGGCUAUCAUCAUCAACAUUUAUCAGACGAAAGGAUCUAUCGUAGACCAGACCCUACUGGUCCUGGAUCUGAUCAUGGUGUUGUCAGCAUCUGUGUCUAUGGCUCAAAAACUGAGUGGCUGUAACCUCUCAGAGAUCAGCUGUGAAGCUCUGUCCUCAAUUCUCAGCUCCCAGUCGUGUCGUCUGAGAGAGCUGGACCUGAGUAACAACAACCUGCGGGAUCGAGGAGUGGUGCUGCUAUCUGCAGGAGUGCAGAGUCCACAUUGUAGACUGGAAACACUCAGGCUGUCAGGCUGUCUGAUUACAGAGGAAGGGUGUUCUUCUCUGGCCUCAGCUCUGAGCUCUAAUCCCACCCAGCUGAAAGAAUUGGACCUGGGCUACAAUCAUCUAGGAGACUCAGGAGUGAAGCGGCUGUCUGUUGGCCUGAAUGAUCCAAACUGGAGACUCGACACUCUCAUGCAAGAAGCAGGCAGUUCCAUCGAGUUAAAGGCUGCCCCUCCUUUCAGAGUGGAGCCUGGUGGAGAUCGAUGGUUGGCGCCAGGUCUGAAGAAGUAUUCCUGUGAACUCACAGUGGACACCAACACAGUACACAGAAAGAUCAAACUGUCUGCCAACAACAGGAAGAUGACCUGUGUGGAGGAGGAUCAGUCAUAUCCUGAUCAUCCAGACAGAUUUAAUGACAGCCCUCAGCUGCUGUGUGGAAGUGGGCUGACCGGUCGCUCUUACUGGGAGGUCGAGUGGAGUGGAGAAGUUUCUGUAUCCGUGAGGAACAAAGGAAUCAGAGGGAGAAGAAACAGUAACAACUGUGGGCUUGGAGGGAACGAUCAGUCCUGGGGACUGAAAUGCCUCGGUGUUGAUGGAUACUCUGUCUGGCAUAACGACAGAGAAACAGACAUCUCCAGGGGCCCCUCCUCCGGCUCCUCCUCUGGCAGAGUUGCAGUGUAUGUGGACUGUCCUGCUGGCACUCUGUCUUUCUACAAAGUCUCUGAUGACACAUUGAUCCACCUGUACACCUUCAACACUACUUUCACUGAACCUCUUUAUCCUGGGUUUGGGUUCUGGUUCAGGUCUGGGUCUGUGUCUCUGUGUUCUGUGUAGGAGGGAGAGUCUUCUCCUGUCUGAGGAAAAUUCUCCUCUACAGGAUCACCGUCACAAAAGUCAGGUUAUUAUAAAGAAUACAUCAAUGAACCUUAUACAGAAGGACUCUCCUCAGGGUGUGUUUUUCUGUGUUAGUGCGUACCGUUAUGUGACUUUUGUUGUGUAGAAUUAAGACUGGUCAUGAUACACUGUGUAUCUCUGUAUUUACCCAGGGCCACACAGUUCUUACCAAAAGUGGAAUCAACGUUGUUCUUGAGAACUGAGAUCCUGAUUCUGUUACACAAUUUUUCUUUUUAUCAACAAUACACAUUUAGACAUUCAAGAACAUUCAGUCUUGCUGUCUACAGGGCUUUCAACAGAGCACAUAACAUAUGUCAGAGUGCUGGAUGAAACAGAGAUAAUAUCCAGUAUCAGAGUGCUGGGAGCUUAAAGGAUAUGGCGACACACUGUACAGGGCUGCCAGUCUUCCUCUGUAAUACCACCUAUUUAAAAAAAAAAAAAAAACAGAAUAAUAUUCUGUUUUUUAAUGUUCAAAUUCAGACUUAUCAAUAUUUACUAUAUACCUAUACACUGUAGACACAGGCCAAUGCAUUGUCAAUGCCAUCAUCAGCAUAUGGUUGUAGAGUAUGUCCACUAGAGGGCAUUUACACAUUACCAAAAAACUUACAACUCACAGCUUCCUUGAAAAGUGAUUAUUAAGCUAGACACUGUUAAACCUGUGAUGUGUCACUCUGAAUGUGACAUUGUGAUUCAGAUAAGCACUCAAGCAUGCAUACCAACAUGAGGCUGUGGAAAAAUCAGCGACACACAUCCCACACACACGUCGGACACUGUAACAGAAAAGUCAGUUUGUGGGAUCGGAUCAGAUCAGCCAGGCGCUGAAUGACGCUGGUGACUAUUGUACUUUUAUCACUGUGCACGUUGUCUGCCCAGUCAGCACUCUUUCAACUUAGUGUCAAGUUCGCCACCUAGGUAGACGUUUUCCAAUCUUCGUCACAAGAUGACAUUGACUUUCUCACAGCACAAAGGCUCCAUAAGCUCCAGUCUCAAAGAUGACACAGAUAAAUGCACCUGAGACAUUUCCAUUGUUUAACAAAGAUGCUGACCUUGCUUUACAAGCUGAAGUUGGUGUUGUGCCAGUUACUAUGAAUUGAAGUCGUGUGC